AUGGCUUGGCAGGUGAACCUCAGCGACGAUGUACGCGAAAUAACGCUCUACCGACCGCUUCCAGUCUACCUCCACGGGUACCUGGUGCCCUUCCUCGCAGUCUACGGUGCCGUGUGUCUUGGCUGGUGGCAGGUGUACGGACUUACCGAGCACUGGGAGGCGCUCCUGAUAUCCCUAGCUGCGGUGGCCGUUUUGAACAUACUCUCCGUCCUCUCGUGCGUCUGGUCCGUCCACUUCCGAGCCUUCCUCACCUGCAAAAAAGUAAACUCACUGGACAAGGCCAAAAUUUUGAAAGUUGUGCCAACACCAAAUAAUGGAUUCUCAGAACUCGUUCCACUGGUCAAGCAAAAGCACAAGGUCACGCGAGAGCCGCUCACCUGGUUCAUGUUUCAGAAGACCAAGUACACGCUGGGCAGCGAGGGUGUGUUCCAGCCGCUCCAGUUCCCUGUCAAUAAGACGUUCCGUGACUACCACACGUGGCAGGGGUAUGGGGAGGAUAGCGAGGUCGCUGCAGUCAGGACGACUUACGGCAAGAACAGGCUGGACGUGACACUGCCUGAGUUCUGGGAGCUGUUUCGUGAGAGGGCGACCGCACCGUUCUUUGUGUUUCAGGUGUUCUGCGUGGGCCUCUGGUGCCUCGACGAGUACUGGUACUACUCUCUGUUCACCCUCUUCAUGCUCAUCACUUUCGAAGCCAUUCUCGUCAAACAGCAACAGAGAAACAUGUCAGAGAUCAGGAAGAUGGGUUCCCAGCCGUCACAAGUCCAGGCAUAUCGCGGAGGGAAAUGGCAGAAGAUCAGCAGCGAAGAGCUCCUUCCUGGCGACCUCGUCUCUGUUGGUCGUCCGAAGGAUGGGUUGGGUGUGGUUACGUGUGAUAUCCUGCUGUUGAGAGGAUCGUGUAUAGUGGACGAGGCAAUGUUGACUGGAGAGAGUGUUCCACAGAUGAAGGAGCCAUUGGAUGAUUCGACGCCACAGCUGAACCUUGACCUCGGGAGAGACUCUCGGCUCCAUGUCAUCAGCGGGGGGACCAAGGUUGUCCAGCACAGCCCGCCAGACAGAGCCGGGCUGAGACCGAGUGACGGAGGAUGUGUUGGCUUCGUUCUCCGCACCGGAUUCAACACCUCUCAGAGAGUGACGGCCAAUAAUCUCGAGACCUUUGUCUUCAUCCUCUUCCUCCUCGUCUUUGCCGUCUCAGCUGCAACCUACGUCUGGGUAAAAGGUACCGAGGAUCCAGAACGGAACCGCUACAAGCUGUUCCUGGAGUGUACGCUCAUCCUGACGUCAGUAGUCCCUCCAGAGCUUCCCAUCGAGCUGUCUCUAGCUGUCAACACUUCUCUUAUUGCACUCACCAAGCUAGGUAUCUACUGCACAGAGCCGUUCAGAAUACCUUUUGGAGGGAAAGUGGACGUGUGCUGUUUUGACAAGACAGGCACGCUCACCAGCAACGAUUUGGUCAUAAAGGGAAUUGCAGGAAUCGAGAGCAGCAGUGGUGGUGAGGAAGGGGUUAAACACGACCUCAUUCCAGCCCGGGAGUCUCCGUUUGAGACGCAGUGUGUCCUGGCCACGUGCCAUUCCCUUGUUCUGCUAGAGGGGGAUCUGGUGGGUGACCCUCUGGAGAAAGUGGCUCUCAACGCCGUGGACUGGAACCUAUCUAAAGGAGAUGCAGUAACAUCCAGGAAGGGGAGGAGAGCCACUCUGAAGACAAUUCACCGAUUCCAUUUCUCCUCCUCUCUGAAAAGAAUGUCUGUCAUCACUGCCUUUGUCCCCGCCCAAUCUUCUGGCCACACCCACCUCGUUACCGUAAAGGGUGCGCCGGAAAUCCUGAAGGAAAUGUUCUCCAGCAUCCCAGGUGACUACGACCGUCUCUAUUCCAAACUGACACGGCACGGAGCCAGAGUUCUGGCUCUCGGCUACAAGUACCUCAACCCCAGCUCUCCCGGAGUGUUGAGCAACAUCCAGAGACAGGGGGUGGAGAGAGAUCUGACGUUUGCCGGGUUCCUGGCCAUCUCUUGUCCCCUGAAGGAGGAGUCCAAAACCAGCAUCUCAUGCCUUCUCGAGUCCUCCCAUAAUGUGAUCAUGUUGACCGGCGACAACCCGCUCACUGCCUGCCACGUUGCCAAGGAACUGAAGAUUGCCACGAGGAAGACCCUGGUCCUCACUGAAGUUAACGAGGGAGUGUGGCACUGGCAGAGUGUUGGCGGAGGCACAACUGCUACCAUGGAAACCUCACCAGCAGAACUUGGAAAAACAUUUGACCUUUGCCUGACUGGAGAUGCAAUGGCCUACGUACAAAACCUGGACAAUGGAAGGACGUUUGACCGCCUUCUUCCCUACAUCACUGUCUUUGCUAGAGUCGCCCCCAAACAAAAGGAGACGGUGGUGACCUCGUACCGUCGCCUUGGUUACCACACUCUGAUGUGUGGCGACGGAACAAACGACGUCGGAGCUCUAAAACACGCCCAUGUGGGCGUGGCGCUCCUCUCGACCGUCCCUCUCCAGAAGACCACACCCACUGAGGGCGGAGCUGGCAGGAAGAGCGAAUCGGCCACGCCCACUGACCCCCGACUGGCGCGGAGACCCCUCCACCCUCAGAGCUCCAGGUCGAGCAGGACGGGAGCGGGUGCGGGCCAAACCCCGUCAUCGCCAGCGAUGCGGGACAAACGGCUGAGAGAGAUGAUGAAACAGAUGGACGAGGCCUCGCUGGAGCCCCAGCUGGUCCGACUCGGCGACGCGUCCAUUGCCUCUCCCUUUACCUCUCGCCAUUCCAGCAUCUCUUGCAUCUGUCAUGUGAUCAAGCAGGGUCGCUGCACUCUAGUCACCACUCUACAGAUGUUCAAGAUCCUAGCCCUCAACGCCCUCAUUCUGGCCUACUCACAGAGCGUUCUGUUUCUCGACGGAAUCAAGUUCAGCGACACGCAGGCUACAAUGCAGGGAAUACUCUUAGCCGGUUGCUUUCUAUUUAUUUCGCGAUCAAAGCCUCUAACUACGCUGUCACAAAUCCGACCGCUGCCAAACAUAUUCAACGUGUAUACGAUCCUGACAGUGAUAGGACAGUUUAUGGUUCACUUCAGUUGCCUCAUGUACCUGGUCCAGGAGGCCACGGCUGAGAUGCCUGAAAGUGAUGAGGAAUUUGUAGAUCUGGAGAAAGAGUUUGAACAGAACGAGCUGAACAGUGCAGUCUACCUCAUAUCCAUCGCCAUGCAAAUCAGCAACUUUGCCGUCAACUAUAAAGGUCAUCCAUUCAUGGCCAGUUUGAUGGAGAACAAGCCCCUCCUCUACAGUCUCCUGGCCACUACAACGGUUCUCUUCCUCCUGGCCACUGGCUUCAUGCCUGAACUGGGAGUCUUCCUGGAAAUCUCUCCCUUCACUGAUGAGUUCCGUCGCAAGCUGCUGGUGGUGCUGGUAGCAGAUUUUCUCGCCUCCUACGCGUUGGAUCGAAUUCUCUCCUUCUUGCUCGGCCACGGGAAACUCAAGACGCCUCGCUAGCUCAGCUCACAUAGGGUUAAAUGUACACCAGAAACGGUCUCAUUCAGUCUAUCAGUUACGUCCAUGUAGGAGGCUCUGAAUGCAUCAAUGUCACUGGUUAAUUCACCACAACAUUGAUCUUCAAAUAAUAUUGGUUUUGGAUAGGGAAACAGAAGUGAAAUAGCAGGUUCUUGGAAUUCUGUUGUGGAAUGUGUCAACGUCAAGGUAGCG